GUUAUCACUAACGAACGGGACGUGACUUCUACAACCCCGAAUAAACCAAAAUUUCAACCCAGCAAUACUAGCUUUACACUUUUAUAUGAAAAACUUUGUGAUGCUAUAAUUCUUGCUGAUUGUAAAACCCAAGAAGCUAUCGCGUGUUAUUGCCUAUUUGGAAAGGCUCUUAUUCAAAGACGUAAUGAAAUAGCAUCGGAAAAACAAGUUGAUCCAGAAUCCAAUACUGUGAACACUUCCGAUAGCCUUUUACGUAAUAGAAUUGAAAAAGCAAAGAAGCUUGACAAACUUUUUGAUGCAAUAGAUAAUGUAUCCUUUGAUUAUAGCAUUAGUGUGAGCCUGUCUCCAUCUGAGUUACGGGAUGAUGAGAAAAAUUCUGUAUUAGCACGCAUAAACCAACUUUGUGAACCAAGUUCACGAAGUGAUCGGCAAAAUUCUUGCGAGGAGGAAAAUAAAAAUUCAGGAAUCGAGAAUUCCUUGCUUUGCAGACAAUAG